CGAAAACCCCAAAUUGGCAACCUACGUACUUUCGGAGAUAUCUCGUGAAAUGUGUACGAAAACAGGGAAAAAUAUACAUUAAAACUGGUCGCAUUUUUCAGAGAUAAUGUCACUCCCCUGCUCAUAAUUGCCUUACAAUGUGAUUUUACUUUAGGUGGCCAAAAGUGCUGACAUGGCCAAAAGGGAUGACUCUACCCUAAUCUUUCUUUUUACUGUGUAAACAAAAAACUCAUUUUCAAAGUAUUCAUUUGACAAUAGAAUAAAAUAUUUCGUCAAAUUGUUCGUAUAUGUUUGCGAACUUCUACUGUCGACUUAUGAAAUGCUCGUAAAUCGUAUAAAUUACUAAAAAGUUUGUAAAAGUUUGUACGUUUUUCACAAACAUUGUUCUAACAUCGUCACUUUACAAGCAUUUUUUGCUCUUUUAAAAACAUUUUGUACAUUUUUGUUCGCCUGGCAAAACUUUACAAACAAAUGACAAACAAAUUUUCUUGAGUGAUUAAGUGAUUAUGUUAUGAACAUUGUGAAUAAAGUACAAACUUUUUAGUGCAUUAUACGAUUUACGAGUAUUUCCUAUGUCUCCAGCGUACGAAUUCACAAACUUUUACAAACAAUUUGACAAAACUUUUUUUUUUCGUAUUCAGUUUGAGGAUUUAAUGAAGUUUUAUCCACAUUACUACCCCUUUAUUGUUUCUUAACUUACUCAACGCUAUUUGUCCUGUUUCCUCGUUACAUCGUCUCUCUUGACAUGUUGCAAUUGAACACUAUAUAAUUAAUAAAUAUAUAUGGAGCUUUUGGGGUGAACUUUGAGAGAGAGAGCGAAAAGAGAGACAGAGAGAGGGAAAAGAGAAGAGGAAGCGCGAAUGUAUAUAUAAUGAGAGGUUAUGAGAGAGAAUCUCCCGGAAUAUUGUUGUUGUGUUGUGUUGUGUGUACCAUUCUUAGAUGUUUUUCAUUUAUACACAACAUAUUACACAUAAUAUGAGAACAUUAUUUACCUAUUGUGUGUAUGAUGGGCUUUUACAUUGAAGAGUGUGUAAAAGAGAUGGAGAGAAUGUAAGAGGAGCCUGUGGGUGUGUUAUUUGGAAAUUGAAGUGCGUGAAAUGUGUCUUUCUGUCUCACUUGGGUUCCUGUUUGUAUCCCAUGGCGCGGUGUAUCUCUCUGUCGAGACAGAAAAUGUAUUAUAUAUAACUUUUGCUAACUAUAAGACCCUAACCCUUUUCCACUUUUCCUCUCGGACGAAGUAAUUCCUCUCUCCUCCAGAGUGAAAAACCUCGGUGUUAUCUUUAAUGAUACACUUACUUGGUCCGAUCACGUAGCUGAGAUUUGUCGCAAGGUUUUUCUUACGCUGCGUACAUUGCGACGAUAUCAAUCUCUUACUCCAAGGGAAACCAGAUUGCUUUUAGUUAGAGCGCUAAUUGUUCCAUUUUUCACCUAUGGGUGUGAACUGUUCUUCAGAGCACAUUGUGAGGUCCAGGAUCGUCUGAGACUGGCGUUCAAUUCAUGUUUGCGUUAUGUCUUCGGACUUCGCAAAUAUGAUCACAUCUCCGGAUAUGUUGACUCCGUACUCGGUCUUCCACUGCCCGGUUAUCUCGAUACCCGUGUGGUGGAUUUCAUCUCCAGAAUUCUUUCAACUGGUAGGCCGCGGUACCUCGCUGAGCUUGUGGUGGCUGGAUCAUCUUCAAGGUCUUCGUGUCUCCGUGUGCCUGGUUCAGGGAGUCGUAAUUUUCGCAACUCCAUUUUUGUGGAGGGUGUUAUUCUUUGGAAUGCUCUGCCCAGAGAGCGAAAGAGGGGGCUUAUCCUGAGUCAUGUGGCCUCCAUUAACGCCUCGUCCUAGCUUUAUGUGUAGGGCCAUUUUCUGUACAGAGGACAGUUUGUCCUAAUAGUUUUUUUAAUAAAUUGAAAUUGAAAUUGAAAAGUGAAUAUAUAUAUGUUUGAUGGUUGUAUUUGGGAUGUAUGACGGGUGUUUAACUUUUAUUUUUUUUUGCUUUUUCAACUUACAAACCAGAAGAAUGGUUAUUAUACAUAAUGAAAUACUUAGGUGUAAUGGGAUUGUAUGUAAUGUUGGGACAGAGAGAGAAAAAAGAAACAUAUGACUUUGGGUAGUUGUAGAGAGCAGAGGUGUUCAUUAAUUGCAAGAAAGCCGUAUGCAUGGAUCAGAGUUUUGUAUGCCGUAUGUUUUGGGGGAUAUGUUGUGUGUUAUAUAUAUAUACAUAUAUAUCUUUGUGUGUUAUGUACAAAAGUUGCAUGACUAUGUGAUGGUUAAAAGUGUAAUUGUAUGGGAAACUCGGUGGAACAUUCAAUUUGACUUGGUCGUCUCCAAUUUCUGAUCAGACUUCUUACUCUGCUUGUGACUAUUGUACAUAAAAUAUAUUGUGUAUAGAAAGUCUCGAUAGUGCGUGGUUCACUACAGUGUAUACAGUUCUAUUUUUUUGUUCUUUUUGACUUCUGGUGACAGUGAUAGAGGGUAGAAAAAUUGAAUAAAAAUUUUCCCGUGAAUAAAUCUAGGAGAAAAAAAUAUAUGAGAUACUUUGUUCUUUUGGAAUAGGUUUUUAUGGGGAAAAAUUAGGGAAAGAACAAGAGUAAUAUAGAUCAAAUUCUUUUGCUAGGUUUAUUAACUUUGGUAUAAGUCAUCAGCACACAAUGGCUAAUUUUGGAGUGAUAUAUUCCAGAAAGUUUUUUUUUCUAUAAAGUCUAUUGAAAACGAAUUUGUCAUAGUCACCAGAAAAUAAAAAAAAAAAAUAAAUUAAACGUAGAACUUUGAGCCUGAAAAACAGGAAAAGAAAAAGGAGAGGGAAAGAGAUAGAGGAAAAUUGAAGGAAGUUUUAUAAGAGACAAAAGUGCAUCAACACAUUUUGUCGUAUGAGGGGAUAUUAUGUGGGGUAUACUUUGGAAAUCAAUUGAUAGUGUGUGCUCGAAAAAGUUUUAUCACCCAACUAUCAAACAAAGAGACAGGGAGACAAGUAUAUUUUGUCCAAAGUAUAGUUCCGGGGUGGGCAGGAGGUGGUUAUAUGAUGAAUUUUGGAAUAAAUAUUGUGUUGGAAAAGUUUGUAAAAGCUCUCUCUAACUUGUGCUGUAUAGGUAUAUAUAUAUAUGCUUACUAGGAAAUUGUGAACUCUUGUGUGAAGUGCGGUGGGUCAAGUUGGUAAUUUUCAGUUGGAUGAUAUCUCACAGAGAAGUCGUAUAUACUAAAGGUGGAUUUACAAAAUAAAAAAUAGAAGAGUUAUACAUUUUGUAACAAUCUCUAUGUGCUAUUGGGAUGCUUUUUUAUUGUUCAGUACAAAAAGAAAAACGAGAGGUUUUGAACCAGAGUGAAAUCUAACAGUUUUCUCUCUAGACAAGUUAUAUUCUCAACAUUCAAGAGACUUUGUUCUCCGUAGCUUUUGUUUUGUGCUGAUGAUCAUUUUGUGGUAGUUUGUUGGACUUGGUUGAUCUGGGUAUCAGACAAAUUAUUCACGGUGUAGGGGAAUUAGAGUGACUCACCAGAAAAAUAUAAAAAAAAUCAUUUAAAGGAUAGUGUCUUUUAGGGAAAAAUUACUUAGCAGAUGGUUAAGUCUAAUGAAAUUUUUAUCCCGGGAAAGUAAAGUAGCAUCAGAGAGUUACAACAGGAAAUUCAACAAGACCAACCACGGAGGGUUUUGAAAUGUUAAACGUAUACAGUAGAGACGAAUAAAUUCUUUCUUAUAAAAUCUUUUAGUGUUAAACUAUCUGGUAUAAAUCCCUGUGUGAAGUAAAUAUUGUGUUGGUUAUUCCAAAUAGAGAAAAGCUGUGGAUAAACAAAAAUAAUAAGUUAAUAGAAGAAAAUUGAGAGAAUAUUUUAUCAUUGUGUGAUAAAUGCGUGGUUACCAUCGCAACGAAUUUAUUGUCUUUUAGUUCUUGGCAAGUUGUAUGUGGUUAAUGUCUCUAGACAAAGUGUGAGCAUAAAAAGGACUCUGGCAAAAUAUCCAUCUAUACAGAGACAUUCAUAAAAGUGAGAAUAAUAAUCCUUCACUUCUGAAUCUGUUUUAUACAUUUUUUUUUAAAAACUUGGUUUGUCAUGAAAAGUGAGUGGUAGAAAUCUUAAUUAAAAAGUAAUUUAUACUUCAAUUAAAUCAUCUUUGACUAGGUUCAACAGAUGAACCUACAAAAUAACCUCUGAGGAAUCUGUGAAUCUCCGAAUAUCUCCUGCCAACAAUAAAAAAAAAAUCUUUGUGCAAAAAGAAUUUGAGAGAUAACUGCCACAGAGCUUUUUUAAGAGGAAACUAGUGAGAGUGUUGUAAAUAAAGUUGUUUCAAGUGCAAUCGCCACAUAAGCAUUACGUAUAGUGGUUAUUGAGGAGUUGAGAUAAUAAUAAUUUGCACUUUUGGAUUACGGAAGAGACAGACAAACCAGCAAUUUGUUGCGGUCACUGGGGAUGAAACUCCUUCAGGAGUUUGUAUUUGCUACACCGGAUGUUGGUGAUGAUAUAGUGACGCCAGAAAUGAUCACCACAUCUGCUGCAAAGAAGUUGUGGGAGAAAGGAGGUCCUGGCGAUAUGAAAAUUCCUAGUGCCACGAGUGGUCCUCUGGCACCAUUGCAGCUGCAUGGUGGGCCAGAGCAUCAGGUGUGGCGUGAUUCAACAUGGUCCACACAGGGUGAAAUAUUGACGCCACGGAGAACAUUUCCACAGGCCCCAGAAACUAAUUCCACUGGAAGUACUGGAAUUUUAAGCCCGCGCGAUUCAACUGGUGGUUUAGGUGUAAAAAUGGUAGAAUAUGUGCUGGGUGGUUCACCCACCAACAAAGAGAGUCCUCUUGCGAGUCUCGAACCACGUUUGAGAAGUUUAAAAUUUGAUGAUUCUGACAAGUCGACAGAUGAGAAGGAGAAGACAAAUUCAUCAUUUGAUGCAAAUGGUAUCAAAAAGGAAGAUCAAGUGAAUUCUUCAAAUGGAGUUGUUGUGAAUGGUAUUGACGAUGACAAAGGAUUUAAUCGAACUCCUGGAUCACGCCAACCUUCUCCGGCCGAGGAGGCUCUGACACGUCCGAGUGGUCUUCUGGAUCCGACCAGUCAAGUGGGUUCAGCGUAUCCGCAGUUGCCGUUGCAGCAUAUGCUCGGUUCGAGUGAUCCACAGGGUGUUGGCCAACUCAAUUCUUACCAUCAUGCAGCCCAAUUGGCAGCGAUGAAUCAAAUGCAGGGUCCGGUUAUGAAUGGCGUCAGUGGAAUGCAUCAAGUUGCACAGAAUUUCCAACAGAAUCAAAUGGUGAAUCAACAACAAGGACCCAAUCAAUUGGACACAUCUGCAAAUUUACUGCAACAGCAACAUAAUUUUGAUGUACAGCAACUCUUCCGCAGUCAGAAUCCUGGCCUUGCGACAAGUGCAACGGCACCGGGAGCGCCAAGUGGCGCCCCGUUGCCGCAACAUUUACCACAAUUCCUGGCACAACAGAAUGCCUAUGCGGCCCAACAAGCCACCCCAUAUGUGAUCAAUCCCGGACAAGAGGCUGCCCCAUAUAUGGGGCUCAUUGCGGCCGGUAUGCAUCAGUACUAUGGUGUGGCUACAGCACCUUGGGGCGUAUAUCCGGCAAAUCUUAUACCACAACAAGGAUCACAGCCACGGAGGCCUCUAACACCAUCGCAGCAGGGAGCAGAAAAUCAACCCUACCAGGUAAUUUCGGCAUUUUACGAUCAGAGUGGUUCGUUGAUGAUGGGCCCUCGAACUGGUACGCCAAUGCGUCUGGUGAGUCCUGCUCCUGUUCUUGUGCCUUCUGGAGCUCGAGCUCCACAGGCUCCCCCCAUCUACCCGCCACAGCCUCAGGCAGCACAGCAAAACUUGUAUUCAGCCCAAAAUGGUUCAAGUGUUGGAGGUGGCGGGUUGUUCGCCCCCCAAGCGUUCAGCGGCGGUCUUGGUACCUUGGGGAGUCCUGCACAACCCACAGGUAGUUUGAAUUCAUCUCUGUCGGCACGUCGCGAUUCCUUUGAUCGCAAUACAUCAGCCUUUAGUCCGUCAUCCUUGGACUACACUACGUCGACGGCGGCGAGAAAUGCUGCAGCUGCCAAAUGGCCAGUAGGGAAUUAUGGAGCCCUUGGAACUGUGACAGCAGCUUCGGCUAGUCCCCAUGGUGCCCCCAUUACACCGCCACCAUCGGGAAUUGGGGGCUUGGUGACAAAUCGAGCUCCUGGGGCAGAGACAAAAUUCCGAACUCAACUGGCACCAGUUGGACUUUCGACGGCCAAUACCAUCUUCGGUUCCAAUAAUUCCAUCUUUUCAAAAUUGACCAAUACCGUGAGAAAUCCUGCGGCUCCGCUGGACCGUCAACCUGGUCGAUCGCGCAUGCUGGAAGACUUCCGGAAUCAGCGUUUCCCGAAUUUGGUGUUGCGCGAUUUGGAAAAUCAUAUUGUGGAAUUUUCACAGGAUCAACAUGGAUCGCGAUUUAUCCAGCAGAAGCUCGAACGUGCCACAACUCCUGAGAAACAAAUGGUAUUCCAGGAGAUCCUUGGAUCGGCAUACAGUCUGAUGACGGAUGUCUUUGGAAAUUAUGUCAUUCAGAAGUUCUUUGAGUACGGAACACCUGAGCAAAAAUCCACACUGGCACAACAGGUCAAAGGUCAUGUUCUGCCACUGGCACUUCAAAUGUAUGGCUGUCGUGUGAUCCAGAAGGCACUGGAGAGCAUUCCACCGGAGCAGCAGCAGGAAAUUGUCCGGGAACUCGAUGGGCAUGUGCUGAAGUGUGUUAAAGAUCAAAAUGGUAAUCACGUGGUGCAGAAAUGUAUUGAAUGUGUCGAACCGAGUGCUCUGCAGUUCAUUAUUAAUGCUUUUGCUGGACAAGUGUAUACCUUGAGUACACAUCCCUAUGGAUGUCGUGUGAUUCAGCGCAUCUUGGAGCACUGUACGGCCGAACAGACAGCUCCAAUUUUGGCCGAAUUGCAUACGCACACAAAUCAAUUAAUUGAAGAUCAAUACGGAAAUUAUGUCAUUCAACAUGUUCUGGAACAUGGAAAGCCUGAGGACAAGUCUGUUCUUAUUGCGAGUGUUAGGGGAAAAGUUUUAGUCCUAUCGCAGCAUAAGUUUGCAUCAAAUGUCGUGGAGAAAUGUGUUACACAUGCUACAAGAGCUGAGAGAGCGUAUCUAAUUGAUGAGGUUUGCUCCUUCAAUGAUGGUUCCCUUUACACCAUGAUGAAGGAUCAAUAUGCUAACUAUGUGGUUCAGAAGAUGAUUGAUGUGUCUGAACCGACGCAGCGAAAGAAUCUUAUGCAUAAGAUCCGACCACAUAUGAAUUCACUGAGAAAAUACACAUAUGGAAAACAUAUAAUAUCGAAGUUGGAGAAGUUUUUCAUGAAAUCAACAAAUGCCGUAGGGAGCUCACUGACGGCCAAUACUGAGGGACUGGGUCCCAUUGGACCACCAAGCAAUGGUGUUCUGUAAGGAAGUGGAAGGAAGGAGAGAUACGAGGUAGGGUUAGGAGGAGGUUAGAGAGUGAGGUAUGAUAGGAGAAAAAUCACUUUUUUUUUGUGUAAAGAGUUUUUUUUACGUCUCUUUUUUUUAGUUUUUUAUAAAAACAUCCAUAGCAUUGUAGUAGAAGAGAUAAGUUUUCUUUAUCCGAUACUUCACUCUUUUUUUUAAUUAAUUAUUUUACAUAAAAUAUUAUAGAAUGUAUUUUAUAGAAAAUUUAUUUUUUCGUAUCGAGUGAUUACGACUUUGAAGACUUUUCACUUUUUUUUUAUUAAAAAAAUAUGCUCUAAUUUCCAUUAGACUUUUUUUUCCUAUAUUUAUAUUUUCAUGAGAAAGAGUGUUAAGGGAAAAAGUUGAACUAUUCGAGUUUUUUUUUUGGGUUUAACGUGAUGAAGAAAAUCUCUGUGUUGCUGCGUAAAAGAACACUGUCUAAUAUGAUAAAGAAAAUAUUUUUAAUUUUUUUUCUUUCCAUUUAAAAAAUAUGAUGAUAUGAAAAAGAAAAUAAUAUUGAAAUAUAUUUAGAAAAAGAGGAAAUUUAAAGAAAACAAAGAAAAACAGGUGUAUUUAAAUGUACAUCGUUGCGAAAGUGUUUGUAUCUAUUGAAUGUAUUAUAAUGAAGUAGGAAAAGGAAGAAAUUUACUAAGGGAUUUUUUUUUCUUUAGAAAAAUAGUUUCUUCAUAAUUUUUUUUUCAAUUUUUUUUUAACGAUAAGACUAAAAAUUCCAUAAUUUCUAUUUUAUUUCCUUUUUUUUUACAAACUUAACAAUGUCAAAUAGAAAGCAAAAUGAGAAGUUAUUCAAAAUAAAAAUGAAUUCAUAAAUAUUCGAAAUAAUCUAGUAUUUUUCUAAUUGUGUAAAUUUGUGUAAUUUUGAAAGGGAUUAAAAGGGAAUGCAGAUGGAGAUAAAAACGAUUAGAAACUAUAUUUUUAUUGGCUUAAUUAAACACGUGAUGAAGUUUUUGAGGAGUUAAUUGAUUGAAGUAGAUUGAAGAAGGAAGAGGAAGUAGAUAAAAUGUGAAGUCUCUGUUAGAAGGGGGAUAGCACUUGAAAUAGAUGAAAUGUCAAAGGAUAUUUCAAUUGGAUCCUCGAAGGAGACAAAAGUCUUUUAAAACAAUAAAGAGGAUGAUUUCACUGGUUGGAACACAAAUGACUUUUCAGCACUGUCGCCUCAUUUGGCUAAAGACUCUUUUUUGAGAUUGACGGGGUGGACAGGGUUGGUUCCGAAAAGGAUUAAAAUAUCCACAGUGGCAUUUUUUGUCUUGUCCCUGGAGCUCUCCAUCGUUCAAAAGAUGAAAUUUACUUUGAAAUGGAAUGGAUAAGGGCUCCGGGCAAGAUUUAUUCAAUAGGAAUUAUAUUAAAAUUAAGAUGAAUAUUCAUGUAGUAGAAUUUUUUGUGUAUAUGGAGCCAGUCAAUGUGAACAAUUUUUACUUGACAGCAUAUUAUUUUGUGCAAAAAUAAAAUUAAAAAAAAGAAAACUUCUUAAAAAAGGAUAAAAAAAAACAUUAAAUCACGGAAAAAAUAAAACCUUGUGUAAAAGAAAAUAAUGCAAAGAAAAAGAAAAAAAAACAUGAUGAAAAUUGCCAAAGUUCCAAGGACAGCACAAAGAAAAAAAUGUUUGUAUCAAAAUGACGUAAAUUAUUUUAAAUAUAAAAGUAAAUAAAGAAAAAAAAUUAAAAAUAAAGAAAAAAAUGUGUGGCCCAUAAAUCAAACCAACAAGAAGAUAAAAAAAUAAAGAUGAUACGUUUGAAAAUUAAAACAAAAAAAAAUCAAAUCUACUAUGGAAGCUGGCAUAGGGAUCACAAAAACGCUCUCUUAUAAAUAAAUAAAGAAAAAUUAAAAAAAAAAAACAAAAA